GUCACUCUCCCCGCGCGUGUCCAUGCUUCACCUGCCCUCGCUGUCUCGCCCAUGCGAGGGAAACAGAACAAAAACGAGGGCUGUACCUCAGUGGUUUCGAAGAAAGGCACGGUUUUGCUUUUCUAUAAAGACGGUUUUCUCCUAAAGCGCUGUGUGAAACGAAGGAGGGGAAAGCAGACAUGUGCGCAGACAUGAACAAGACUUUCCUGUGUAAAGACACCGCAAUGACAGUUGUGGUGGCUGGAGGGGCUCUCCCGUGGAUGGAGACCAACUUUCCAGAGCGCAAUGUCAGCCUGGGGCUCUCCACCACCCCUCUGGACUUCCCCAUCAACCCGUGGGAUAUCAUGCUUUGCAUGUCGGGCACUGUCAUCGCCUGCGAGAACGCCAUCGUGGUGGCUAUCAUCUUCUAUACGCCAACCCUGCGCACACCCAUGUUCGUGCUCGUAGGAAGCCUAGCCACAGCGGAUUUACUGGCAGGCAUGGGAUUAAUCCUCAACUUUGUGUUCCAGUACGUCCUCUCCUCAGAGACUAUUAGUCUUAUUACUGUUGGGUUCCUAGUGGCCUCCUUCACGGCGUCCAUAAGCAGCCUGCUGGCUAUAACAGUGGACCGGUACUUCUCUUUAUACAACGCACUGACUUACUUCUCAGAGAAGACGCUCCACUACGUGCACCUGAUGCUAGUGAGCACAUGGGGCGUGUCUCUGUGCCUGGGCCUGCUGCCUGUGCUAGGCUGGAACUGCCUGGACGACCCAAGCUUGUGUAGCAUCGUGCGCCCACUCACUCGCAGCAAUGUGACAUUGUUGGCGGUCUCUUUCUUCAUAAUCUUCAUACUCAUGCUGACCCUCUACUUCAAGAUCUGCAAGAUCGUGUGCCGCCACGCGCACCAGAUCGCUCUUCAACAGCACUUCUUCACCACAUCGCACUACGUGGCCACCAAGAAGGGUGUGGCCACGCUCGCCAUCAUUCUAGGCACCUUCGGCUCGAGCUGGCUACCCUUCGCCAUCUACUGCCUGGUGGGAGAGCACGAAUACCCGUCGGUAUACACAUAUGCCACGCUGCUUCCGGCCACCUACAACUCCAUGAUCAACCCAAUCAUCUACGCCUACCGUAAUGCCGAGAUCCAGCGCUCGCUCUACGUCCUCUUCUGCGGCUGCUUUCAGAGCAACUUAGCCAUCCACUCCAGGUCACCCAGUGAAGUUUAGAGGGGUGCUGAGUGAACGUAAAUGUGUGUGUACGUGUGCAUGUUGACAACCGAUGAUUCGCUUUCAGUUGACCAUUAAAUCCUUUAAACGAAAUGUAUGUCUAACAAGCAUCUGCACUUUAUUGCGACUGAAGACAAGGACACAGUACGUCUGAAAUGCUGUGAACAACAGCUUUUGUAAAGAAAAUAAAUAAUGACAUUAUGUAUUUAUAUGAUCAAAGAAUUAAAAAACUAGCACUUUAUUGAAUGUAUUUGAAAUGCCAAAGCAGUAUUGCAUAGGCCUAUAUAUGUUGGUGUUAUUUGCUACUUUGUAUUUGUCAGUACUGUGGGUAAUUUUAGAUUUUGUUAAGUUGUCUAUUUGAUUGUACA